CUCACCGCCUGUGUAACACCAGCCCGACCCCCCCGCCGCCGCCCCCGAGACAGCGCUUCCCUUUCCCAGAAUGCCAAGCGAUGCAAAGGCGUACAAAACACAGGACCUCUCUCUAACCUCGCCUUUAGGCUGUCUGCCAUUAUCUCCAACUCGCAUGCGCUUUGUCGCUCCUCCGGGUAUCAUGGUUACUGACGCUACACAGCAGAGAGACGCCCCUCCCAGUCCUAUUUAUGAUUGGAGGAAGCCAUGAGACGAAACAGGUCUGAAGCAGCUUUAUGGUUACGAUAGCCGACAAGGCUCAAGUCAAGGAAACAAGCGUUUGUCUUUUACUUCUCCCUGGUACUUGAAUGCACCAGACCGACUCCCCGAUGGCCUCAGAGGAGCCGCCACAGUCGGGGGGCAGCAGCAGCAGUAUCGAGAAAGAGGAUGAUUUCGAGUAUGGCCUGAUCCAAGACCGGCGGCGCGGCGAGGCGACGAAAGCCAAGUCUUUCAACCACAAGUGCCAGCUGAUGCUAAAGAUCGCCCUGGACACCAGUCCAUAUGCUAGACUGCUACUUGAUGCAAUGAACAGCUAUGGCUGCACUGUUUUCAAAGACCGACACUUUUCCUGUGAAGACUGUGAUGGGUGUGUUAGCGGUGGAUUUGAUUCUUCAACAUCACAGAUUGUUUUAUGUCAAAACAACAUUCGCCAACAGUCGCACAUGAACAGAGUAGUCACACAUGAACUUAUCCAUGCAUUUGAUCACUGUCGUGCACACGUGGACUGGUUCAACAACAUCAGGCACUUAGCUUGCUCAGAGAUUCGAGCAGCUAAUCUCAGUGGGGAUUGCUCACUCGUGAACGAAAUGGCCCGGUUUAAAUUUGGCUUGAAGCAGCACCGUCAAACCUGCGUACGAGACAGAGCUGUUCGCUCUAUCCUGGCCAUUAGAAAGGUCAACAAAGAGAGGGCCGAGAACGCUGUGGAUGAAGUCUUUGACUCUUGUUUCAAUGAUCAUGAACCGUUUGGAAGAGUGCCUCAUAGUAAACAGGAUGCAAAAUACGCAUACAGAGAUUUUCAGAACCGUCAUCGAUAUUACGCAAAUGUAUAGAUGGAAUUGUCGAUUUCUAGCUGCCAAGCGAUAUUUGAGGACAAUUUGCAGAAGAUGAGUUGUUCUGAAAUAGUGAUGAUAACCAGAGUCCAACAAGAGGGCAACAUCCUUGUUAUUUCCUCUUCAGUUCUGUGUUUCAUUCUGCAUUUCAGAAAUGUAUUUUUUCAAUGCAUAGGAAUUGGUUUCGGAAAUGUAUUUUUUCAAUGCACAUGUGAAAAUGUGUGUGAGCAUUCUGCCAGUAAUUAGUUUUGCGUGUGUGUUCCUUGAAUAAAUACAAUUUUGUUAAUUUUUUUUAAUA